AUGGAAGGAAACUAUAUGAAUAGAAACACAACAACUACUCAUAGAGAUCAUGAACAUCUUCAUCAACAUCAUCAUCAUAACUUGAGAUUUGAGGAGCAUACAUGGGGAACAUCAUGGCCAGCAAGAAACUAUGCUUGUAGUUUUUGCAAAAGAGAGUUUAGGUCAGCUCAAGCAUUAGGUGGACAUAUGAAUGUUCAUAGAAGAGAUAGGGCAAGAUUAAGAUCAUCAUUAAUAUCUUCUUGGGUUAAUCCUGAUCAAUGCCCUAAUACUAAUAAUAAUACUAAACCUAACCCUACUAUUACUACUACUACUACAACUAAUUCUCUUCUUUCACCUUCUACACAAUCUCCUUUAUCUAAUGAUGAGAUUUUCAAUGUUUCUUCAAACCCUUAUCUCACUUUAUCAUCUUCUUCUUCUUCACCAUUCUUAGCUCAUACUAGCCAUGAUGAUAAGAAACCAAGACUCACUACACCUUCUCUAUCUCUUCCUCUUUUGAAUCCUCAAAGAAGACAAAUUAUGAAAAGCUAUGAAGAAGUGAAGAAGCAUAAUGUUUUGAUGAAUAGUGAGCAAAACAUUAAAUUGGAGUUAGGAAUAGGGUUUGUUGAACAUCAAGAGGAAAAGUUAGAUUUGGAGCUUAGACUCUAG